AGCAGGACGCGCACAUCUGCACUUCACAGCGAGGCGUGGUCAUUCAGAUACAACAGGUGGGCGAGUCGGUACAGCUGCAGUCACACUUCAGCCACAGCAGGAUACCUACCGUGUUUUCUCUCCGGUAAACUAAACACAUACAGCUGCAACAAAAUGCCAAAGUGUCCAAAAUGCGAUAAGGAAGUUUACUUUGCCGAAAAGGUAACAUCCCUGGGCAAAGACUGGCACAGGCCCUGUCUGAAGUGUAUGAAGUGCAGCAAGACGCUCACGGCAGGCUCACACGCAUCGCGUGAAGGCAAGCCAUACUGUCACAACCCCUGCUACGCUGCACUGUAUGGACCUGGAGGAUUCGGACAUGGUGGAACCGAGAGCCACAAAUAUUAAUAAGCAGGUUCAACGUGCCCGUGUUUUUAUUUCAUGUCUUUGGGUUUCUGAAGAGGAUUGUGUGUUCCCCUGAUACAGUAAUGGAGUGGUUGUGCUCCUGUCUCUUCCUGUUCUCAAAGUGGACAAUCUGAUUAAACUCUUUUAAAAUUUG